AAACUCCAUUAUAAGAAGAAAAUGGAGCUACAUUGCUUCAAGCCAAAAACAAAACAUGGCGGAAAAAUGGGUUGUAGCAAUUGUAAUGGUUUUGGUUUUGGUAAGUGGGUGGCAUUGUUCUUCUUGUUGUGGUUGUUUGGAGGAAGAGAGAAUUGCCCUUUUGAACCUCAAACAUUCAAUCUCCCCACCAAUGGGCAAUGCUCUAGCAUCUUGGAGAGGGCACGGUGACUGUUGUAAGUGGGUUGGGGUUGAAUGCAACAUCACAACAAGGAGAGUGAUCCAGCUCUCUCUUAAUCAUAUUAGGGAUUGGGAAUUUGAGGGUUGGUUUCUCAAUUCAUCUCUAUUUUCGCCCUUUGAAGAGUUGAAGAGUCUUUUCUUGAGUAGCAAUGGCAUUUUAGGUUUCAUGAAAAAUGAAGGUUUAGAAAGGUUGUCAAGCUUGAGCAAUUUGGAGGUUCUUGAUUUGAGUUACAAUGGUUUAGGUAACAGCAGCAUUUUAACAUCUAUAGGAGGUCUUUCGUCGCUCAAGUAUCUGAAUCUAUCAUACACCUGGAUUGCAGAACCAGACAAUGAUAGAUAUAAUUUAUCAAGGUUGAGGAGUUUGGAGUUUCUUGAUUUAAGUUCUAACAAAUUGAAUAAUAACAUCCUAUCAUCUCUGGCAAGUCUUUCAUCCUUAAAAGUGUUAAAACUUGCAGACAAUCAAAUGGAAGGAAGCCUCCAUAUUCCAGGUGUUAAAAGACCACUGGGGUUAAGUAAUUUGAAAGUGCUUGAUCUGAGCAGCAAUUCUUUCAAUAGCACGAUUUUAUCUUCCCUAAGAGGGCUUUCAUCUCUCAGGAGUCUUGAUUUGAAAUUAGUUACUCUAAACAAUCUGAAGGAGCUGGAUUUAAGCUAUAAUGAAGUGGAAAUUUUUGUGGCUCCCAAAGAUACGAGAAGUUUGAGCAUGCUAGAAGUCCUAAAUCUACGUGUCAACAAAAACACUUGUGGAAGCUGUCUACUACAGUCAAUCAAAGCAUUCCCUUUAAUUAAAACCCUUGAUCUAAGUGGUAGUAGAUCUAUAGAACCAGUGAAUGUUGAAGAUUUUCACACUUUCAAGGAGUUGGAAGUAAUGCUUAUGGAUGCAUCUUCUCUUCACAAUAAUUUUCUUCAGAGUAUUGGAACACUAAGCUCCCUUAAAGUUUUGUCUGUGUCCUAUUGUGAGCUUAAUGGAACCCUGCCCAGUCAAGGAUGGUGUGAAUUGAAGAACCUUGAAGAGUUAGAUUUAAGUAAAAAUAAUUUUCAGGGAAUGCUUCCCUCUUGUUUGGGAAACUUGUCAUAUCUUCAAGUGUUGGAUAUAUCGUCUAACCAUUUCACAGGAAAUAUUGCCACCGGCCCUCUUACCAAUUUGAAAUCACUUGAAUAUCUCUCAUUUUCAAGUAACAACUUUCAAGUCCCAGUUUCCUUUAGGAUGUUUGCCAACCACUCCAAACUUAAGGACCUUCUUGGUGAUGGCAACAAUUUAACGCUAGAACCUCUCCUUCAAACUCCAGCUCCAAAGUUCCAACUCAGGUUUUUGAGUUUGUCUUUCAUUGCAUUAAAAGAACUUCCCUACUUCCUCUAUCACCAAAAUAACCUUAGGGUUGUUGAUAUCUCCCACAACAACAUCACUGGAGGGUUCCCAUCUUGGUUGUUCAAGAAUAAUACAGGAUUAGAAGUACUCAACCUAGGAUAUAACUCCAUUUCAGGACCUUUGCAGUUGCAUUCACAACCUCAUUUCAACAUUGCAAUCUUAGAUGUAUCUAAGAAUAGUCUACUCGGACAUAUUCCUAUAAACAUGAGUUCAGUCUUUCCCCAUCUUACAACCUUAGUCAUGUCCAAAAAUUCCUUUCAAGGUCAGAUUCCAGCUUCUUUUGGUGAUAUGAAAUCAUUAGAAUCUUUAAGCCUAUCAAACAAUCAUUUCUCUAGGAGUAUCCCUGAUUCCUUUGGUCGUUUGAGCUCUUUAGCCUUUUUAGACUUGUCUAACAACCAAUUGUCUGGAGGAAUACCAGAAGUGCUGGUCCUAGGUUGCCCCUUGGAAGUUCUCAAAUUGUCGGGCAAUAAUUUACAGGGGCAAGUAUUUCCUCUUCUUUUUAGCUCAACGAAGUUAAGGCUGUUACAACUAGGUGACAAUAACUUUGCAGGAGAAAUACCAGAGUUUUCAUCUAUCAACAACUCUUUUUCACCAAUAGUUAUAGACAUGAGCAACAACCAUUUCUCAGGCAAGCUUCUAAGAUGGUUGGGAAAUAUAUCAUCCUUGAGUGGGCUAACUUUGUCCAACAAUCAUUUUGAGGGUCCAUUUCCGGUAGAAUUUUGUGGUCUGGAUACCCUUGGCUUUCUUGACCUCUCAAAUAACAACUUGUCUGGCUCUAUCCCUGAAUGCUUUAAUCCAUUGUAUAUAAGACAUGUUCAAUUGAGCAAAAAUAGAUUGACUGGACCAUUGACAAAAGCAUUCUAUGGUAGCUCUAGUCUGGAGACAUUGGACCUUUCAAGGAACCAUCUAACAGGUAUAAUUCCUGGUUGGAUCGGCAACCUACCUUCAUUGAGCAUUCUUUUGUUGAAAGCUAACCAUUUUGAAGGUGAAAUUCCUGUUCAGCUAUGUCACUUGAACAAUUUAAGGAUCUUGGAUCUUUCUCAAAAUAAUCUUUCUGGUUCUAUACCUUUCUGUCUGAGUAAUUUAACGUUUGAGGCAUCAGUUUCUCGAUAUCUAGAGUUUUCUGUGGCAAGUAGUAGAUCAGUGAUUUUUUCACUGUCAGACAUUGGGGAGAAAAAGCUAAUAAAGAAUUUUGGCAACUUCGAGGCAUUUAACUAUAAGGUGGAUGACGUGGAGAAGUGGGUAGAAUUUACAACGAAGAGCAUGCCAUAUGUUUACAAUGGAAGCAUCCUUGAUUACAUGUCCGGGAUUGAUUUUUCUUGCAACUGUCUCACUGGAAGGAUUCCACCUGAAAUUGGAUACUUGAAUGAGAUCCAUGCGCUAAACUUGUCACACAACAAGUUAAUUGGAUCAAUUCCCUCUACAUUUUCAAAUCUGAAGCAGGUUGAAAGUUUGGACCUUUCUUAUAACAAUUUGAAUGGGAGAAUCCCCCCUCAGUUGACUGAGCUAAACACCUUAUCUGUGUUUUCUGUUGCAUACAACAACUUAUCAGGACCAAUCCCAGAUCAAAAAGCCCAAUUUGCAACCUUUGGUGAAAGCAGCUAUAAAGGAAAUCCUUUUCUUUGUGGAGUUCCAUUGCACAUCGGUUGCACCAAAAUUGAAUCACCAUCAAUUCUGACCAAUGUCACGAAUGGUUUAAUUGACAUGAGUGUUUUCUACUGGAGCUUUGUGAAAAUGAGCAUUCAAGGAGUAGCCCUGGAUGCAAUGUAAACUUUGAUAUUGUAGUUUCCUACUACGGAAGUUCAUCACAAUAAAUCAUGCAUAUUCAU